CAACGUGAGGAGCUGUAGAGGGAAAUCUACCAAUAAUCAGAUCGUCCCACAGAGGGAUAGAGGCAUCAAGAAUCGCAUCAGGAACUUGGACAACAUGGUCCCCAUCAACAACAGAAACACUGAAAUCAUGCUGGUGCAAACUUGGUCGAUUAGUAACGAUGGCAGAGUACGAAGGCUUUGGAGAAGAUGGUGAAGAGGUCUGAGAAGGAGGAAGAAUCAGCUCCUCCGGAGCCGACAUCACAAAAGGAACGGCGGCUGGAGCCACCGAGAACGUUUGAGUAGGGCUUACGCAAGGAAAUCCUAAAUCGCCUUUGGAAUCGUCUGUCCACGUCAGCUUUUUAGUCUCUCAAUCUCCCCCAAUUUUAUUGUUUUCUUCAAGAAGAAAGUUGCAAUUCUUGUUUAGAGAUUUUAGGUUGCGAGGUCUAGGGUUAGAAAUGGUCGUGAAAAUUACUAUUCCUUGUGAGAAUUGGGGAAAUUAUUCUGUGAGGUUUGAUUUUAAAGUCGUUCUGUGAGGUUUAUGCGAGUCCUAGGGUUAGAAAUGGUCCUUGUGAGAAUUGGGGUAAUUGGAGGAUCUUGUGUCUCACUCUUAUGAUUGUCUCAACACAAUUAUAUGCAGGUCGAGUAAUCUGAGAAGCCUGAGACUUAAAAGGUGCUCUUAUAUAACAGACGAUGGAUUUGUGGAAGCAGUUGUGAAGCUUCCACUGCUUGAAGACCUCGAGGUGUCAUACGGCUCAUUGCUAGGAGAGUCUCUGAAAGUUAUAGGCUAGUCUUGCCCGAAUAUGAAGACAUUGAAGCUAAACAGGCAUCCUCAAAAAGAGAAUGACGAUGACGCUCUAGCGAUCGCUGAAACAAUGCCUGGACUUCUCCAUCUCCAGAUGUUUGGGAACGGGUUAUCAGACACCGGGUUAAACGCCAUUCUUGAAAAUUGUCCAAACCUGGAGCAUCUUGAUUUACGCAGGUGUUUCAAUGUUAACCUUGUUGGUGAUCUGCAGAAACGGUGUUGUGAGAGGGUCAAAGUUGUGAGACACCCUAAUGAUUCGACUCAUGAUUACCCAUUUGAUGCUUCGUUUAUUGACAUGGGUUCAUCGGAUAAUGAAUAUCCUUAUGGCUUCUCUGAUAUUGAUCUGAUGUCGGAUCAUGAGUAUGACGAUUUCUAUGACCUCUCUGGUGCUAGUGACCAUUCUGAAGAUGACCCGUUUGAUUACUACGAUGACAUGCUUUUCUAGAUGCACCAGAUUCAAGCAGGCGAAAUCUUUUCAAACUCGUUUAUGACUUCUUUUUAAGUAUGCUCAUAGAUUUGUCCUUGUGGUAUGUAACCUUUAGUAGUGAUGUCUUUUUCUGUUCGUCUUUGUAAGACUUCUAAACUCGAGGAAAGUUUCAAAGAUGGUGAUUUGAUCA